CGGCUCGACUCGAGAGCUCGAGAUCCAAAAUUAUUUAUUAUUUUGUUGAAAUCUGACUUGUACUUGUGCUCGUCAUUCAGUGAUUUUAGGCGGCUGAGAAAUUAUUAAAGUGAAAAGCCUUCGGCGGCUUAAAGUUUAAUAUCUAAGCUUAUUUAUUUAAAACAAUAAUAAUUGUAUCCUAGGCGAGUGGCUUUACUUUCACAGCACAAAUCUAAAUUUAUUUUCAUAAAAUUUUCAUUUUAAAGGAAUUUCAUUGUAACGUGAAAGAUUUUUGUCUAUUCUCUUUUAUUAUUUCUUAAACAUAAGUGAUUCGGUUUGUGCUCUUUGUGUUGAAUUGAUAUUGUAUCAGUGCAAUAACCCUAAUUGUUCUGAAAUGAGUGUGCGUAUUCUGUAUUCCUUAUGAGAAUGACACAUUCGCUAUUAUUAUAAUGGGCUUUGUUAUCUGAUAUAGUUUAGAAGAUUUAUUUAGUUAUUAUAAAUCAAUUGCAACAAUGGGCAAGUUUUCCGGAAAGAAAUGCCGGCUGCUCUCCAUGCUGUGGCUGACAUGCAGCUUCUUCUUUGUGGAGCUGAUUGUCGGCUAUGUCACCAAUUCCAUGGCCCUGGUGGCUGACUCGUUUCACAUGCUGAGUGAUGUCGCUGCGCUUGUCAUCGCCUUCUUGUCAGUUAAAAUGUCACCAAAGAAAUGGUCAAAGAACACCUUUGGCUGGGCCCGCGCCGAAGUCCUGGGGGCUCUCGUGAACGCCGUGUUCCUCGUGGCGUUGUGCUUCAGCAUCACGGUUGAAGCCGUCAAGCGCUUCUUCGACAACGACUACAGGAUACACAACGAGAAGCUGCUGGUCGCAGUCGGCACAUUGGGCUUGGUGCUCAAUGUUAUAGGGCUAUUUUUGUUCCAUGAACACGGCAGCAGUCACGGGCACUCUCACGGUGGCGUGCCGCCGCCGGCCAACGUGCGGCACCUGACCGAGAUCGUGAACAGCAACGCCGACAUGGCGCUCGGCCACAACGCCGCGCCCGAGGAGACGGACGAGAUGGUCGCCCGCAGCGCACCGCCCAACAACAACAAGCCGCCCUGUCGUCAGGCCACGGACCCUGGACAUAUGAACAUGAAGGGGGUGUUCCUGCAUUUAUUGUCCGACGCGUUAGGUUCCCUCAUAGUAGUCGCGUCGGCAUUAGUAGUAUGGCUCACCAGGUGGCCCUACAGAUACUACCUCGAUCCCGCACUUAGUUUAGUUUUAGUUAUCCUAAUUCUCUUGUCUGUGUGGCCUCUGCUCAGAGAAUCUGCUUUAAUUCUUCUGCAAACUGUACCUACACAUAUUCAGGUGGACGCGAUACAGCGCCGCCUGCUGGAGAAAGUGGACGGCGUGUUGGCCGUACAUGAGUUCCACGUUUGGCAGCUGGCCGGUGAUAGAAUUAUUGCCAGUGCCCACAUACGGUGUAGAAACUUGUCAGAGUACAUGAAAAUAGCGGAGAAGGUGAAGGAGUUCUUCCACAAUGAGGGAAUCCACUCCACCACUAUACAGCCGGAGUUCGUUGAGAUACCCUUAGACGGCAAUGAGGUGUUGACCGGUAACGCGGGCGAGGCGCCGUGCGCCCUGCACUGCCCCGCCGACGACCUCUGCCACAACGCCACCUGCUGCGGACCCAACCAGCAGGAGCGAACGACACCAUCCCCUGCAGUGACGCCGUAUCUUUGUAGGCAGAGGAACAUGGGGUCUAGGACGGAGUCCAUGAACUCCGCAUUGGCGGCGGGGACGCCUGGCGCGAACUCGGCUAGGCAUUUAGACGCUUUGGAGUGCGGUUCUCUGCUGCCGACGCCGGCGGUCCAAGACGGUCGGCUGGCCGUCUGACAGCCGCUGCGCAUCGCCGCGAUAUCCUAAGUUCACUGAAACAAGUGCCGCGGUAACACAGCCAUUAAACUGAACCGUUUACAGCUGGAAAAUACUACAUGUGAAAAUAUCCUGUGGAAACAUACGGUGGGAUAACGUUCGGCACUGUGAUCCUUCCGUUGCAUUGUAGUACAAAAUAAGGAAGACCGCCGCAGCGAUCUAUCCCGUGAGGUGUGCCGAGAUCGAUAUGUAAGGUUUUCAAUCCGAUUUUAUAUCGAGCGAAUUAUUUUAUCCUGUAACAACCAUGUAGCAAAUGUAGCAAUAUCGCUAAUUAACUAUACGCUGACAUAUCAGCCUUUCAGACCCAUCCUAUUCACAAGUAAAUUAAAUAAAAAUGACGUUAUCUAAUCCUUAUUAGACUAUAUAUAUGGUUGACUGGUAGAGAAUGCCUUUUGGCAUUAAGUCCGCCAUUUGUACAUUUCUCUUUGUUUGUGCAAUAAAGUUUAAAUAAAUAAAUAUUAGUUAUUCAAAUACAUUUUCAGCUGAAAUGGAAGGAUCAGUUUUAGUCAUAGAUAUGGGGCCAUUCCAUAUGAACGAAAGUUACGAAAUGAGUACAGUUUCGGUAAUUAGUACAGUUUUUGGAUAAUGGUAAAAAAUGUAUACAUGUUCAUGUUCAUGGCCGGGACUGCUAUGGCUAUGUCGAUGUGAAAGUACGUGCUAUGUUGCUAGGCCCUAGUGUGGAGGACUUAAAAAGAACUGAAGUGAGUCUUGAUAUCUUCAUAAUCGAUCGUGCAGGCGUAUCUUACGAAAUAAGCGAUUCAAUGGGUAUCUACUGAUUUCUUUCCGGUUAUAAGAAUAUAUUUAGAUAAUCUGGCUAUUCAUAUUACUUACUACAUUUAAAACGCUAGUAAAGUAGUAACAAUUAUCAUUUUGCAUUAAGAGUAUGAUUCGACUGGUCUGCAAAAGAAUGUAUAUAUAUUAGGCUGAGAAUUUAAUUACUUCACUUUCGUACUAGGCCAAUCAAAUUAGAUCCAAAAAAUUGCGUUUUGAGGAAUUAAUUCCCAGCAAGCUGGAAAUCGGUUUCAUUUGGUCCUAAAUGCGUGUAAUCCGAGUACAAUUUCAAACUAUUAACAUGGUCAGUUAAAUAAUUGUCAUCUGUGUGUAAUACUGAUAACUUGAUAAGGAUCCUGACCGAAUUAAUUAUGUUACCUACCGAUUACAAAAGAAGCAUUUGUAGAAAAUAUGGGGACUCCAGAGAUAUCCAGACCUUUAAUCUGUUGGGUUUUGAUUGUUUAAUUAAUAGUUGCAGUUUAAUGUCACAGAAAAUUAUACUGUUUUUCAACUUGAUGUACUUUUCUUAUUUUUACAGUACAUAUGGUGCUACUUUCUCGCACUAGUGCGUAAAGAGCACUUUUCGUGCAUAUAUCGAAAGUUGAAAGGGACAUAUGUACUGUAAAAGGUUGUUCGAUACACGUCGAUUAGGUAAUUCGCAACUCGUGUCGAUUUAAAACACUCCCUGCGCCACACGUUUAGAAUUUCCUCUUUUCCGCACUUGUAUCGAAAAUAACUAUUUUAAUAUCAGCGGUGUCAGCAUGGUUGCAUUUUUUAUCACCUGUCACUUUCGCACUUACCUACUUGUUAGAACGUGACAGGCAUGGUGACAGUCGAUAAAAAUGCUACCGUGCUAAGCCUGCUGGUUAAUUAUUUUUAGACAUUAUGAAUGAAUGAAUAGUAUUUAUUUCAGGACAGGUCCCAUAUUAUACAUAUAUGGUACCAAGUAUGUACCUUGUUUACAAUUUAUUCUAUUUUAUGUCGUAACGUAUUACCUAUUUUUAUUUAUACGUAUUAUGAAUUAUUGUGUUUAUUUUGUCUAUGAGUUUGAGGACUAAUGUCUUCGAACCUUGAAUGAAUUAAUAAUUUUAUCCCGCUUUCAAUUAAUUUGUUGCUGCCUUCUGGUAAACGAUACCAAUGAUUUUUUUUCACUAGAUGCUACAAAUAUAUAAGUAUAUGAUAUAUUACAUUUAUGCAUAAACAAAUGUGCCUAAGUCAGCCAUUCUCAAAGUGUGCUCCGCGGACCCCUAGGGCUCCGCGAAGCGUUUUUUUUCGUUUUCCAAAAGGGUUCCGUUACCAAUAAAGUUUGCGCACCGCUGCCCUAAGUCAUUACACUUUUGUUGGUAGUAUGCGAGUUCGAGUAAUCAUCGCUCUAUCGGUCGUGAUGAAUGACAUAAUAACCAUUUGUUAGAAAUGUUUGAGUUGAAAGCUCUGGUAUGUGAUUAUUAACACAAAGUGCCCAUUUACCAUGCGAACCUACAAUUCUUAAAAAGGCUAAUUUAAAAUAAUUGUAAUAUUCUAUUUUAAACAACAAUAUUGUACUACAAGCUUUGACAAUUUGAAGGUUUUUAAAUACCAAAUUUUCGGUCCACAAAUUUAAAUUCAUUAUGUAUCACUAUUUGCUUCAGUAAGUCACUACGAAAACAUGGGUCUUUACUCCACGCUAUUGUUAGCUUAUAAGUAAAGAUAUAAUUAUAUUCUCAAAGUAAAAUACAUAACAAGUUACAUACUUACAUGAGAACAAAUUUAUAUAUCAGUACAUGCAUAAUAGAACAGCUCGUGUGUUUAGAACGAAAUAGUUGAUGACUCCUACAAAUGUUCUUAGUUCUAUAGGAUUUGAUCAGAAGUUACACACGGAAUUAGAUAGUGUUGCCGUAAGAUAUAACGAUGUACAACUAAUAAUACAUCAAAACUUAUAUAUAAUGUUAUAAACAAGUAUUAUUAUUUAGUUUCUGAUCGUUCUAUGCUUCUUUCCUAUUAUUGAUAUGUACAUUGGUAUUUAUUAAAUAUAUUGAUUUAAUUUUCGUCGGUCUCGGAUAAAAGAUUUUAAGUAAGGUAUGCAUUAAAAUCUUAUUUGUUUUUACAUUCAACCAAUAGUAAUAAUGGCGUAAGUGGCGUAAGCACAGUACACACUAAGUCCAGAGAAACACUUUUUCAAUUCAAAAAUGACUGAAAUAUAUUAAUACUAAAUAGUAUUUUUUACUACAAAUAAAAAAUACUAUUUAGUAGGUAAUCUAAUUUAUACUUUCUUUGCCUCAAAAAAGGCUUGUUUCCGUUUUAUAAUCUAUUUCAGCUCUUAUUAUACACUUUAAACGUUAUUUUACAAUAUACAUACUGUCUAAACAUAAUUAAGAUAAAUACUUUGUUUAAAUAGUACCUAAAUAAUGUGCGCAUUUUUAGAAACAGUUUAAUAUAUGAAUUCAUUAUUAUAUACUGAUAAGAUUUUAUUUGGCCUUCGCCAUGUUGCGUAUUUUCAGUGGUAAGUACUAAUUUAUUUUACUUGCAAGGAGAUUUUUUUGACAACUUUGUAACUCAUGAAAUAAAACUAUGAAAACGGAUUAUAUCGCGUAUAUUGAAUUUAUAAUACAUCCCGACGUUUCGAACUCUUUACAGCGUUCGUGGUCAACGGGUGACUGAGGAAAAAUUACAAAAUGCAAAAAUACCCACAUACUAAAAUAAUGAACAAUCAUAGACUACAAACUUUAAGGCUGGUUGUACAUGCAAAAUCGGUUCAUAAGGCUAGUUUUACACUAUAAUUAUUUUUCAAGUAAAGAUAGAUAGAUAGUUUUUCAUAGUUUUAUUUCAUGAGUAACUAUCGCGGUAACCGAAGACAAUAACUUUGAAACUUUUGAAAGUCAUAACAAGAAGAAAAUAUUUCGCAAUUAUAAACGAUUUUACCACAAAAAUACCAAAAAUAAAAAAGGUGCAAGAAAAAAUAUUUUGAAUACAAUAAAACAUUUAAAACAUCAGUAAAAGGACGAAGGAUUGCGUAGCAUUCCAAUAAACAAUGUUUUGAAAUUAGUCGUUCACAUGAGUGGUACUGACAUUUUAUUUGACUACACAUGACGCACUUUAUUGCCAUACUGGGUUAUGUAAGCUGAUUGUAGUGACACUAUCUCAGGGCCAAAUAGAAUAUUGUCAAUCAUUAUUUAUUUAUUUAUUAUAUGUUAUGAAAUACAGAACGACCCAAAAUAUGAGAACUGUUUCUUAUACUUAAAAAAUGUGAUCAUAUUUCAUAGAUUAAGGUAGGCAGUGCGGCUGUGGCAAGGCAUUAGUUUAAUGGUACCGUCAUUAGACAUGUGCGGGUAGCAAACAAGAUGCAAUAAUUUAUUUUAUAUAAAAGAAAAACACCUUUGUUUAAAAAAAUGUGAAUCACUGGCAUUCAAUAAAAAUUGUAAUAGUUUUUUUAAUAAUAUUUGUAUUAUUUUGUACAAUAGACAGAUUGGCUUUGACUGGAAAUGGCACGAGUUUGAGUAGUAAUUUUUUUACAUGUCAACAAAUAACUACGAUUUUAGUUUAGUUGUAUUCGAAUUGUUUGUGAUUAUUGAUUAUAUUAAUUGUACUCGGAUGAUAUGUUACUACAAUUAUUAAAUCUGUGUAAGAGAAUCACAACACGCUUACAAUAUCCCUUACGAUAAGGAUUAUAAAGUCUGUCAAACAACUUUGUCAGUAGAAAAAGGCGCGAAAUUCAAAUUUUCUAUUGGACGAUAACCCUUCGCGCCUACAUUUUUUAAAUUUGCUGCUUUUUUCUACUGACGGAAAUAGCUUGACAGACUAUAAUUCAUAGGUUUUGGACAGAAUAUUCUGUUAUUUUAGAUAAAGCGCAUUGUAGUUUGUAAAACUAUAUGUAGAUAAACUAUUACUUAUCUGCAUAUUAGGGACCCUAAACAAUCUAAACAAAUACAUAUUCUUUGAGCACUGAAGGAUUAGUAAUAAAACCAAAUAAUUUUGCUCAGACUCGUGCUUGCCCAGUGGAGCAUUUAUUUAUUUAAUUAUUUUGAAUAGGCGAAUCCUAAUAAAUUAGAUAGUAGACAAAUAUGAUCUUAUGCGAAGCUUAUGAACAGUGGCUCACUAGCAUAUUUUGUAGGCCAAUAGGAGUAGUAUUUUAAAAGUUAUAGGCGUUAUAGCAAACGUAACCCAUACGCCUAGCUAGACCGUAUAAACUAUAAAUACAGAAUGUACCUAAUGCGAAACAAUACAAAACAAAUAUGUUUUACUUUUAUCUUAAUUUUCUAAAGUUGUAAUUAGUGUUGCCUAAGAAUUGUAUAAUCAAUAAUCAUACGUUUCUUUUAAAAAUAAAAUUACUUGGCUUCGUUAAUAAAAUAUUUGUAAUGAAAGAUAAGACAACAAUCUUUCUACUUAAGGGGCCUUUAGUAUCCUAGAGGUGAUAUCUAUAUUAAUUUAUAAAACUUUGUUGCCAAAGAACUUGAAACAGUACCUAUAUAUUGAUUUAGUUGAAUAAAAUGAGAUGGAAUUACCCAAAUUCACAUGAACACGUAAAGCAAUAAAGGCCCUUUAUUACGCAGUCACCGAUUUGUUGAUGAUUGCCUCACAUAUUGCAUAUGAGUCGCUUAACUUCAAACUCGGGUUAAUCCAUCUGUCAGAUUAUGCGAUAUUGGUAUAACGAAAAGGUAAUAGGGUAGAUAUUUGCUGAGAGGGUCGAAUGGAUUAAGCAGAGUUUGAAGUUAAGCGACACAUAUACGGUGGUAACAGAUUAGCGACGCCACACAUCAAAUGUCGCGCCUUUUCGAGUUUUGCUGUUAACAAAAGUAAGAAACUUCGUUAUCCCGGCUGCAUGCUAUGUAAACCCCAUUUUUUAUUGAUCACCACUCUACGAAAGCGACAGCCAUUUAUUUUCACUUGAUCCGGGCACCUAGUAAAAUCCUGAAGCCUAUUUCGACGCCACUGUGGAAUACGCUACACAAACUUACUCACACUCCUACCUAUAACAUACAUAGACUGCUAAAAUUUGCAAAUCUGAUUAUUCUGCCUGUCAAUCUUAGUCUCUAACCUCCGCCUAUGAACAGCUGCCAGGUGCUUGGAUCAGAUGGUAAGAAUAGUGUGAGCAGUAUGGCACACUAACUAGGAAAAUUUUGUUGCUUUAUCAAUUGUAUACGUCUUUCCGAGGCUUGCUCUUACACCAGGCAUUACUCUUAUAUAGAAUCAUAAUUCUAUGUAAUAAAACUUUAAUUGAAAGCUAGUUAUUUGUGUGGCAUUUGUGUUACAGUGACCGUGGUGAGAUUGUUCAUUGUUUUAGAAUUUAUCAAGUUUGUAAUUGAGAUAGAAUCAUGUAGAUUGUAGACAAUAGCAUCGCGGGCUGUCGAUGCUCAAUUUUUUUUAUUAAUAUUUAUUUUAUUUAUGUACAAAACGUAGGUUAUUCAGGCAGAGCCGUAAAGUGAUACUGAAUCUGCUUGGCACAUUUUGCUUUCAAAGUGUAAGUAAUAGUUGGUACUUGGUACCUAAUGGACAUUGUGCAAUAUGGAGGGUAGGAGUUAAAUUAAAACGAGUCGCAGUAGAGAAUGGGUUUUAAGACUCGAGUUGGCAACAUUUUACCGUAAGAGUUACAUACCAUAUUUUUGUGACACUUUUAAUACCUAUACACACACAGUUGACAGUUAUAAUACAUAUACGAGAUAAUCUUUUAUCGCAUGACUUGUUUGUAAUAGAAAUUCGGCUAUUAUAUAUAUCUAUCACUUCAUUUUUUAGAUAUAAUGUAUUCACCAGUAGUAUCUCUAUCCGUUGGGUAGCAGUCGCACAAUAUUUAAAGAAAAGACAUUGACUUGAAAUAAGUCCACCUGAUAUUAGCUCAACUAUAUCACUUCCAGCAACUUUACGCGCAAUUUAACAAUUUCGAGAAUAUUAAUCGACGAACCAAACGACGAUUUGUUGAAUGCACUCUUAUUUUAUUAUUCUGUAAAGUACAUACCUAUUAUAGGCUUUGUACUAUUGCAAUAUUACUCAAAUUCUCUGUGGUUUCUCAGACAUACAGUAAACAACAUACUUGUGCCAAGCGGGUUCCUAAGGGUUUUUAUUAUUUAAAAAAAUGAUGAGUUUGACUGUUAGCUAAAUGUUGAUGUUAAUGAUGAUAUGAAUGUUAGAGGAAUAUGUGGAAUUUUCACAGUUAAUAAAAAUAUGUAUUUAA